AUGCACAGCGCAACCGGGACUGAUUAUGACUGGGGUCGAACCACAAUCCUGAUGCUAUUAGAUGCAUCGCGCAGAUCCUCGAUCAAACAUGCUUCUCAGAUUCAUUUUAACUCUGACGGCGACAGCAUUCGAUUCACUGUCUACUUGACACACCACGUUACUAUUGCAAUGUCCGCAUCCGAACUUCUCCGUCAAUCCAUGCAAAAUCUAAGGGUUCAACCCGAAGUGAAGUCGAGCCUACCGCCCCUCGUACCACUCAAACGCCCGUCUCGCCCACAUCCGCUACAAUUUUCCUAUCCACCCAGACACCAUCGCACGCAAUUCUACGGAUUCUGGAUCAACGAACAGUGGCUCAUUGAGCUCGGAAAAAACAUCCAAGAUCCCGAGGAUCGUGUCCGGCCUCCUAAAGAACGUGAUUUCUGGUUUAGAGGAUUCUCCCACAUCUGCUGGGCUGUCAGAAUUGAUCCUCUGACUGUCGAGCUCUGCCUUCAGCCUAGCCAGGAUGGCGCCCCUCCCGAGUAUGUGGAUGCCGAGGGAGAGGUGUUUGUCUUGUCGGUGUGUUCUGAUAACGAGGAGGACGAGCCGGUCAUCCCUUUCCAGGAGCAGGUUGACUAUCUGGCGAAUAUUUUGGGUAGGCAGCCACGGUGGUGGGUCAGUGUCUGGCCAGAAUGUUAAGAAUGUAUUGGCAUUCAGUCACCGCUAUUGAUCAAUAUGUACAUAAUUAUCAUAUGGGAUACUAUCCCUACGUCGCUUCUAGCCACUUACAAUGAACUACAAUACAACCAGAAACGACACCAACACGUAGGACGCGUUGCGUCACGCCGUGUGCCCCAUGCUGAUGCUCGU